UCCCACUACCUUUCAGCCAUUGAUCAGACUGAAAUUCAGUUGACCAAAAUUAUUUAUGUAGCUCGCUCGCUAUGAGCGAACCCGUCUCGAGCCGUGGGCGUCGGUUCAUCUUCAAUGCCGUUCUCUUGACAACGUCCGGUCUGGCGGCCCGUAAGCUGAGUGCGGAGCAGCAGCCCUUCGCGAUGGUCGCCUGUGUGGUGGGCGGCGUCGCUGCUGCGCUGGGUCUGCUGCGCGUCGCGUUCGGUAGUGCGGGCGAGGGGCCGUAUCGGCGGUAUCGGGCAAACGAGCGGGACUUCCGGAUGCUUCGCAAUGUCAGCCAGGGCGUUUUGGAGCUGAUACCCCUGCCGUUGGUGAACAUGGAGCUGUACGCGCACUCGCUCGGCCUGGGUCCCCUGGCCCUGGCCCAUGGCAUUUUCGUGGUGCCGCUGCUCUUCGACUUGUACUGCUCGAUGGUGAAGCAGCGCAAGGACUGUGACUUGACUGAAUCGCUGCGCGAUCUCUCUAUGCUGGGCAACAUCAUAUCCAUCGGUUUUCUGUCUGUCAAAGAGUCAAACUUCAUUUAUAUGCGCAUGACUCUAAUCAUGCUGCUGAUCAGAUUCUAUCCGGUGAUCAUGGACACCGCCCAUGAGGAAGCGGGUGAAGAUCUGGUUGUCUGUGGCACCGCGCUGUUCUUCCAUAUGCUCGGCAAGGUGGCUCAACAAUGGACGGAAGCAUCAAGUUGACAGUCAAUCAUCAUCAAUCCACAUUGAUUUUCCAC